GCAAACGUCAAACUCCGUCGUUCGGCGGAUCAGUGAGCGUCGCGACGCCCGCGGCGCAGGUUGCACCGUCUCCUCUUCUUGCAGCUCGUCGAUAGUUCGCGCCGGUGCGCCGGGCAGGACGCUGUCGCGCGGCACCGCCGCGUAUACGCGCUCACUCGGGGAAAUCCCCCUUUUUUUUGAACUCCUCUUUCUCUCCGAGGGGCGACUGUUAUGGGGCAUCCGAGCGGCGGCUAAAUGGGGGCCGAUGGACAUUUUCGCGUGACCUUGUCCCUCAGGAGGGAACCGGGCGCCGGUCCCGUCUUCUGCAAGAUGGAAACGUCCGCCAGGUUCCGGCAGCUGAAGACGGUGAAGCUGAGCUGCGAGACGACCUACCGGCUCGACAUCAGCUUCAAGCCGCCGCAACUGCUGCAGUCCCUGAGUAUCGGAGGGAAACCGGUGGAAGCGAUCGAACGCGCGAGGAACGGCACGGCGUGCGCCUACAGCGCUUAUCACAGCACCAAGGACGUCACGGCGAGUGCGCGGGGUCAUCGAGAGGAUCUGCCGAUCGCCAUGAGAGUCCUCGGCUCCGGCUACCUGACCACCUGCCUGCAGAUCAAGUACUACCGGCUGGACGACCAGAGCCACUGCGAGUGGGGCGCCAGACUGCACUGCAUCGAGCUCGACUGCUCCAGCGUCGAGGGACGUCUCGUCACGGUGGACCGAGAGACCUACAGAAAGCUCGGCAUAGAAUCUUCUUAACGAAACGUCU